GUGUGUGCGCGACCGCCGUGCGAGACGCAGCAGCGUAACCGCGUCAGCGCCGCGCGUGCCCCGGCCGACAACUGAGCGUCGCAUGUUUGAUGCACGUGCGCGGUACACGUUCCUCCGCCGAGCGCUGCUAUCGCCUCUGCGUGUGCUGUGUGACUGUGCGUCCUCGCCUGUAUUCUAUCGCUAUUCUACACUGCUGUCAUGAGGAGGUGUCAACAACAACGCUCCGAAACGUCGUCGACAUGGGCGGCUGCUGAAAAGUGCACGCGUCUGCGCUCCUCGCUCACACUCUUCGUGUCGACGCAUGAAUCCCUAGUGUGAAAGUUACUCAAUGAGGAAUGAGCGCGGCUGCACCGAAAUGGGAGUAACUGCGCUUAGGCUGUGAAACGAGAAGAAACGAGCAUCUACCCUUCUGGAGAACUGUGCGCGGCAGCAGCCCCGCACACCGGCAAGCUGGCCACGGCAGCCAUGAACCCGCAUUACCACGCUUACACGGAGCUGGCGAGUCCGCACUCGCCGCCUCCGGACAACAGCUCCUACCACCCGCACCACCACCACCACCAUCACCACCACCACCCGCACCCGCCGCACCCUGCGGCCGGGCCCGGGGGUGGGCCUCCCGGAGGCGGCGGCGGGGGCGGCGGCCCGGGGGGCCCCGUCAGCAACGGCGGACCCGGCGGGCCCGGCGGCGGCCCGCAGCAGAUGCACCCGCACCACCAGCACCACCUCAACAACGCCAACAACAACAAUAACAACAGCGGCAACGCCAACAACAACAACCCCGCGGCGACGACGGUGGGCGGCGGCGGGCCCGGCGGCGGUCCCGCCAGCAGCGCGGGGCCCAACCCCAACAACAACGGCGGGCCUGCCAACAACAACAACAACAACUGCACCGGCGGCACGGUGAAGGUGUGCGCCGGCUGCGGUGGCAAGAUCGUGGAGCGCUUCCUGCUGCACGCGCUCGAUCGCUACUGGCACAACGGCUGCCUCAAGUGCUCCUGCUGCGGCGCCAUGCUCGCAGACAUCGGCGGCUCCUGCUUCACCAAGGCCAACAUGAUCCUCUGCAAGACAGACUACAUCAGGCUGUUCGGCAGCAGCGGGGCGUGCUCGGCGUGCGGCCAGACGAUCCCCGCGUCGGAGUUCGUGAUGCGCGCCGGGCCGCAGCACCACGUGUUCCACCUCAAGUGCUUCGCGUGCUCCAAGUGCGGCGGGCAGCUGGUGCCCGGGGACCGCUACUGCCUGCUGGCCGGCAGCCUGGUGUGCGAGCAGGACUGGCACAAGCUGCUCAAGGGCUCGGCGGUGGCGUCGGCGGCGGCGGCGGCGGCUGCGGCGGCGGCGGCGGCGGCAGACUGGCCUGGGGGGCACCAGCUGGACGGCGGCGGCGGACCGGGCCCCGUGACCCGGGGGCGGGGGCGAGGAAGGGGCCGCCCCCGCGGACGCGGCGCAUCGCGCUCCAUCCCGGCGGCCGUCAGCGCCGCCGCCAUGGACGAGCGCUAGCCGCAAGCCGCGACAUCGUUCCAGCGCCUCACAGGCCGAAUCUGCACUCCUGCGCCCGCGGGACCAACGGCAAGGCACUCCCUGCCACACACUCACAGACACACAGACUCUGGCCGCCACGUGCGGCCCUAUUUAUGUCUCCCCCUCCCUCAGCACCCCUCCCCACCCCUCCCCUCCCCUAUCCACCCCACCCCGUCCUGCUACACGCCACGAAAAGGAACGGCGUAAGAAGAAACGUAAGAGGAACCGCGAAUCUGCAGACAUUGUGUGAGCGUCCGUGGUGUUCGGAAUUGCCAGGUGUGCCACGAGCAGAUUAGUGUACGGCAACUCUCGUAGUCUGCUACUUGAGUCUAGAAACGAUUCGUCACAAGUGUUUCCCCUUCUCUUCUUCUCCACCUGCACCCCCUCUCCCUUCUCCCACGACAUUACUCCCCUCUCCAAAUAAAAAACGAGUGUAUUUCUUUUCAUUUAAAGUAAACAGUUAACUACAGCUGUGGAUUAUCGGACAAACAAGUUAUUGCCGCCUCAUAGCGAUUGUGUUGUUUCUCUUUUUCAGAACUUUUCAAAUUGUAUAUGGUGCAAAAAGAAAUGAAAUGGAACAGGUUACGGACACUGUGAAUAACCUACGUACAUGUAUAUAGUUAUUAUUAUAAUAAUAUUAUUAUUAUUAUUAUAAUUAUUGUAAUCCGUGUUCGAAGAGAUUCGCCGGGGUAGACCGGGUCUGGUGCGCUAUCCAGGACUGGCCGCUCCUCGUGCGUACACACACACACACACACACACACACACACACACACACACACACACACGAGCCGACGAUGUUGUGUCUGUUCACUCGAGCGUCAACACGCAUGCAAUCGAGUCCCUUGCAAACAACAAGUGUGAUUGGUA